UCAAUCUUCGUUGACAUCCUCGUUUGCCACUUUGACAAUUUUUAUUGAAUAAUUUCAUAUCUAAACAUUGUAACUGUCAAAUACUUACUUGAAGACCUUCUGUCGUAUAAUUUAUUAUAAAUAGUAAUUUUUUAUUGCAUUUUUUUAUAUGAUUGACUAAAAAAUGGUAUUUAUACGGGCAAUCAGUGCACGUGUACCAAAUUAUGUGUCAACGUUCUUCAAAUCUUAUAGCACUAGCGUAUCACCUGCACUCACAGUUACUAAUGAAAAUUCAAAGAAAACAGUAUUAAAUUCUAAGCCUAUUGUACAUAAUGGAGAUGACGGUAAAUCCAUUACUUUAUCAGGAGUAAUACAACCAAAAGAUCAUGAUGUAUUUCAUGCGAUUGGAAUUACAGAGGAAUUGACGUCUACAUUAGGGUUAGCCAAAGAAUUCGCUCAAGAUUCAUCGCACGAGUACGUCGAUAAAUUAAAACGUAUUCAAACUGUUUUAAUCGAUAUGAGUACAAAUAUAUCGAAAUGUUUAGUAGAUCCAAAAUCACCACAGCAAGAGACGACUGCAGUUGCGUUAGGAAAUCAAUAUACGAAAGAAUUAGAAGAAUGGAUUCAUGAGUAUUCACAACAAUUGCCACCCGUGGAUCAGUUUAUUAUACCGGGUGGAGGAAAAGCAAGCGCAUCAUUACACGUAUCACGAUCGAUUUGCCGAAAAGCGGAACGAAUAGUAAUACCACUUGUACGAUCGGGUUGUUUAAAUAAGGAUUCACAAGUCUAUUUGAAUAGAUUAGGUGAUUUUUUAUUUACCGUUGCACGUAUGGCUGCCAAAUAUGAUAAACGAACUGAGUCAGUGUAUGUUCCUAAACCAAAUGAGAAACAAACACAACAACCGGCUGCUGGUCAACAACAACCGACACAACCACAACAGCAACAAUCCCAAAAGUCAUAAUUUAAAAAAAAUUAUUAAUAUAAAAUUUUGUUACAAACCGACGUAAUCGAGAAUACUAAGUAGGCUUAAAUUAGAACAAAUUUAGCUGUAAAUAAUGUGUAUAUACUUAUUUAAAGAUGAGAAAGAAACUCCAAAGUCGCUCCUCCUGUUUAAAAAAGUUAUAUAAAAAUGU